AUGGCUACUUUGCAUUUUGUUCCCCAACACGAGGAAGACCGUGUUUACUCCAUUUCGGGGAAAGCACUCAAGUUAACUACCGAUGACGAUAUCAAGCCAUACUUGCAAGAACUGGCUAAAUUAAAAACCUGCACCAAAUUGGACCUUUCAGGUAACACUAUUGGUACUGAAGCUUCCGAAGCAUUAGCUGAAUUUAUUGCUAAUACCGCUCAGGUCAGGGACUCUUUGGUUGAAGUGAAUUUUGCUGAUUUGUACACCUCGAGGUUGGUUGAUGAAGUCGUGGACUCAUUGAAGUUCUUGCUGCCUGUUUUGUUGAAAUGUCCUAAGUUGGAGAUUGUUAAUUUUUCCGAUAAUGCCUUUGGGCUAAGAACCAUCGAGUUACUAGAAAAUUAUAUCGCACAUGCUGUGAACAUUAAACAUUUGAUCUUGAGUAACAACGGCAUGGGUCCCUUUGCUGGUGAAAGAAUUGGUAAGGCUCUAUUUCACCUGGCUCAAAAUAAGAAGGCUGCUUCCAAGCCAUUCUUGGAAACUUUUAUCUGUGGUAGAAAUAGGCUGGAGAAUGGUUCUGCAGUGUACUUGGCCCUAGGUUUGAAGAGUCACUCUGAAGGCCUGAAAGUCGUAAAGCUAUACCAAAACGGUAUUAGGCCUAAAGGCGUCGCUACUUUGAUUCAUUACGGUUUACAAUACUUGAAAGCCUUAGAAAUCUUCGAUCUGCAAGACAACACCUUCACCAAGCAUGCUUCUUUUAUUCUCGCUAAGGCUUUGCCUACUUGGAAAGAUAGUUUAUACGAAUUGAAUCUGAAUGACUGUCUUUUGAAGACUACUGGCUCAGAUGAAGUCUUUAAAGUAUUCACAAAGGUUAAGUUCUCUAACUUGCAUGUUUUGAAAUUCGAAUACAAUGAAAUGUCUCAAGACACCAUCGAAUCAUACUUCUUGCCUGCUAUGGAAAAAGGAAACUUACCUAAAUUAGAAAAACUAGAAAUCAAUGGUAACAGAUUAGACGAAGAUUCCGACGCUUUAGACUUACUACAAAGCAAAUUUGAUGAUUUGGAGGUUGAUGAUUUAGAAGAAGCCGAUAGUGAAGAGGAGGAAGACGACGACGACGACGACGACGACGAAGAUGAAAAACUCGAGGAAAUUGAAACCGAAAAACUCGAAAAGGAAUUGCUGGAGGUUCAAGUGGAUGACCUCGCUGAACGUCUAGCUGGAACUGAGAUCAAUUAA